GUAUUGGUAGGAAUUGCUGUAAACACCUUCAUUUACAUCCACAAGUUGAAUACACUUAAAAGGUUAGCUCCAUCCAUAUGUGAGUGAUAGCUAGAAUUGAAAAAGAAACCAAGAUGAAAAAUCUCAGCCUGAAAUUAAAGAUCCAGCUUCCAAAUUCCUCCAACCCCUCUUGUUCUCUUUUCACUCCAAAAGUAUUUAUCAAACCCAUCAAAGUAUUAGGCAUUAAAAACUUCAAAAACCCACCUUCUAAAUAUGCAAUAAAACUUAGAGAAGCUUCUCAAAUUUCCCUCAAGCACACACCAACUGUGGAAGAUGCACAAAGGGCACCAUCAAUGAAACUUCCAUUUCUUGAAAAUGAGAAUUCAAGGAUUGUGAUAAUAGGAGCAGUUUCUGUUGGAAUUUUGUUGGUUCUAAAUGGAAUGGAUGAGCAAAAGGCAUUGGCUUUUGUACCUGAAGGACCACUUCUGGAAGAAGAGUUCUGGGACAACGUGAGAAGGUAUGGUUUGUAUGCACUAACUGUUAGUACAGGUGCAAUUUACACUAUUUUGGUGCCUAUAUUUGAGCUUCUCAAGAAUCCAAUUACUGCAAUUCUCAUCAUUGCUAUUCUUGGAGGUGGUUUCUACAUUGUUUCUCAAGUCCUUACUGCUAUGGUUGGCGUUUCUGAUUUUAGUUAUGAUUAUGCAAACUAGAUAGUUUAUUUGUCAAAGCAAUGUUUUUGAAUCCAUAGUUUUAUUUAAUUUGUACCAUAGUAAACUCGGUUAAAAGUCCUCCAUUGAAUGGAAUGAGAUAUUACAAUUGCCUGAAAUUAUGUUUA